CAAAAAAGUGAGGUUAUGAGUAAUCUGAGUAAUAUUUUCAUUGCUUUUUCUUGUAUUUUCUGUUGUUCUGAUAAAUCUCUUGUAAAAUGGAAGCACCACCUGAACAUUGCCCUGGAGUAGAAAGUCAGGAUGCUGGAAAAGCAUCUGCAUGUGCUGGCUGUCCAAAUCAAAAUCUCUGCUCCACCGGACAAGCUUCUGGAGCAAAGGAUGCUUACUUGAGUGUAGUCACUGAACGUCUCCGGGAAGUCAAACACAAACUUCUGGUGCUCUCUGGGAAAGGAGGUGUAGGGAAGAGCACCUUGACAUACUUACUGACCCGAACAAUGGCUCAUGCAUGUCCGGAGAAAAACUUCAGUGUUCUGGACAUUGACAUCUGUGGACCAUCCCAACCAAGAGUCUUUGGAGUUGCUGGAGAACAAGUUCAUCAAUCUGGAUCUGGAUGGUCUCCUGUGUUUGUGGAUGAAAAUCUAUCUGUGAUGUCUAUUGGAUUCUUGCUAGGCAGUCCAGAUGAUGCGAUUAUCUGGAGAGGUCCAAAGAAGAAUGGCAUGAUAAAGCAGUUUUUGGGCGAUGUGGAUUGGGGAGAACUUGAUUACUUGAUCGUGGACACACCACCGGGAACUUCGGAUGAGCAUUUGAGCACAGUGUCCUUCCUGGAGAACUCUCGAGAGGGAUUAGCUGCGAUUGUCGUAACGACGCCUCAAGAAUUGUCUCUUCUGGAUGUCCGGAAGGAAAUUAACUUCUGCCGAAAGCUGAAGAUCCCUAUUGUUGGUGUUGUGGAGAAUAUGGCAGGCUUUGUAUGUCCAUCCUGCACGAAACAAUCAGUUAUUUUCCCAGCGAAAUCCGGAGGAGCCGAGAAGAUGGCCCAAGACAUGGAGAUCCCAUUCCUGGGACGCAUUCCACUUGAUCCUAAACUGGCUAAGUGUUGCGAUCAAGGAAAGGAUUUCCUGGCAGAACAUCCAGAAAGUCCAGCAGUUCUGGCUUCAUCCGAAAUCACCAAGAAGAUUUUUUCUUAUUACGAUGGAAGCUCCUGAAGAUUCCAAAACACUUCCCAAAUUAAUCAGGAAAAUAUUCUUUAACCCACAGCCCCAGAAAAUAAAAUUUUUGUAAAGUAUAAAUGAAAAUAAAGUUUUUGGAAUAAAAAAAA